CAAACACUCUUUUAUUAAUCUCCGUUUGCACUUCAAGCGUUUCUUUAAAAAAAUCCUCCUAUUGUUACUUACUCUAUCUACUCAAGCCUUCUAUCAAGACUCUCUCUCAUGUUGCUUUCUCGCAAACGACUUCUAUUCUUUUUCGUCUCGUUCCUGAUGAUGGCGAUCAUUGUCAAUGCUGCCACUCCACCGAGCAAACACAGGCAUUUCGAUGAUGAUGAUGAUGACGACGAUGAUCAUCAUAAAAAACCGAAGAACGAUGAUGAUAGCGAUAAUGACUCUAAAAAAAAUCCCGACUCUGAAACAACUACUCCCAAGAAGAAAUCAUGGCUUGAAGAUAUUGACUUUGAUGCUAUUGAAGGUGAAGUUCGUCCUGUUGGUUCUGGUACCUGUAAGGAUGCUAAAUGUGAUGGUACCGAUAAUGAUCAAUGCUUUGAAACCUGUGGUAAUCUUGCCACUCAUGAAGAUAUUUAUGGCUGCAAAUACGACAAGACAUGGGCUCUCACUUUUGACGAUGGUCCUAGCGAAUUUACUCAGGAACUGCUCGAUAUUUUGGACAAGCUGGACGUCAAGGCUACCUUUUGUGUUAUGGGCUCUCAUGUUAAAAAGUUUCCGGAAAUCAUCAAGCGUGCUUAUGAAUCUGGUCAUCAAAUUGCUUCCCAUACCUACUCUCAUCCUCAUCUUAUGUCUCUAUCAAAUGAAGAUAUUGUCUAUGAAGUCCGUGCUACUGAAGAAGCUAUCGAAGACGUCAUUGGUGUCAAGCCAAAAUAUAUCCGUCCUCCCUAUGGUGAAGCUGAUAAACGUGUCAAGGGUCUUUUGAAGCAGAUGGGUUACAAGGUACUCAUGUGGAAUGUUGAUCCUACCGACUAUGAUGUAUAUAAUCUCAAGGAUGGUGCCAAGCGAAUCCAGGAUACGUUUGAAAAGGUUCUUAAAGACAACAGUAGUUCUCUUAAUGUUCAUUCUGACGAUGGCUUCAUCAGUUUGCAGCACGAUCUUUAUCGUGUCUCCAUCCGCCAAGUUCCUCAGAUUUACCGCGCCCUUCGCAAACAUGAUUAUAGUCUUACCACUGCUGCUGAAUGUAUUGGUGAUGACGAACCUCAUAUUCGUAUGGCUGCUCCUCGCCCUGCUGCUUCUGCUUCUAAUUCUUCUCUUUCUGGUAAAUCUCUUCCCACAAAUCUUGGUGGUUCCAAUCUCUCCGGUCAUCCCAAUAAUAAGGCUUUAUUCGACAAGCAAAAUGUGGACAGGAACGUUAACAAGGCAAACAAGCAAGAAAGCAGCGGUUCAAUCGUGGCUAGUGUUGGAUACAUCUCUACAUUAUUAGCUGCCAUGGCUGUCUGGAUAAACUACACUAUUUAGGUUUCUCUUUACUUUUACUAUAGACUUUUUUUUCCCUUUCUUACAACACUUUGAUUCACUGUUUUUUUUUUUACUUUUUUCCUAUAG